AUGGAAACCGAGACAGAAGACCCAAUGAAGCAGAUUAUUGAGCAGUCGGACAAGGAGAUGUCUGUCAAGGAGGCGUUGGCGAAAGGAUUUCGCAACUAUAAAGUUAGAUUGCCUAAAAAGAGGAUUCCCUUUGAGUUGGAUCCCGCGAUCGAUACUUCUGUUUUAUAUUCUCUAUUCGCAAACGAUGUGGUUGACGAAAACCACAAGGACUCCAAUCCGGCAUUUAUCAAUCCUCAAUUUACCGUUCGUGAUGCUUUGAGUGUAUUAUCUGCCUCCACGGACGGGAAUGGAACUUUGCCGGCUUUACCGAAUUCGGUGGACAGGACAAUAACACCACAAACAGUUGAGGGGAACAAACCUGACUUCGACGUCAACUCGUCAGUAAAGAGUGAGCCAAACGAUUCGCCACCUCUUGGGGAAGUGGAUGGGCUGCAGAAGAGGCUAACAGGUAUGGACGUGAAGGCAAUGGAACACCGGAGCGUCUAUACCGUUGCCACCGUUUUUGGAGUACUUGCCACUCGUGUUUUCCCAAAGGAUAUCGUGGAGCUACUAGAUACGAUGGAGUGA